AUGACUCCACGGUACUGGCCAGCUGCUACUCGGUCGAAUCAACCACUUCCAAGGUUCACGGUUUCCACUACUGCACUACUCUGGGUGCCGGAGCACAGUGGUAUCCCUGAGGUCCCCUCGGGGUCUAAAUCAUCCAUCUUAAGCCCUCCCCUCGAGCGUCCCGCUCCCAGCGCUGAGCGAAGCUGGUCUGGGGCCAACUGGCCCGAGUACAACGGGGAGGCGACGCACACCAUUCCGGAAGAGUGUGAGAGACUCUUCUGUGACAAACUGUUCACGACAUUCCUUGGUGAGGGGGUUGACGCGAGACAGGAGUCACUGGGAUUGGGUACGUUUCAAAAUAUCCAGCCAAAUCACACCGUACCUGGACACGAUCACAUCCAGCAAUGGAUAGAAGUGUGGGAUUAUAACGGCGACGCUAUUUAUCGCGGGUUUGUGACCGACACGCACGGAGAGCGGACUUUAUUCGUAUUCUUCGAGGACGGUGCCCUGGGACAUGGCCUCAAAUCUGGGUUGAUCGCUCUUUUCGAACUGGCAGGAAUCGAUGCCUUCGACUGCUCUCAGGUUGUGGCCUGUGUCAAGCGUUCACAGCACACAGAUGAAAUGGAGCUCGUCCGGAGCCUCGGAUGGUGUGGCUUUAAUCUUACCACCCUGGAACCAUGGGCAGCCGGUGGUGCUUCAGGCCCUUGGCUCAGCACGAAAUGGCUCUUUCUAGUCGCCGAAGCCUAG